UGGUUCAGGUCUCGAUCUUUCCCGGACUUGAGAAAAUUCAAUACGGAUUUUCCAAAUAAACGAUCAAGUCAGUGCACGUUAGUCAGUGAACUAGCCAGUAAUCAGAGUAUUUUCAAUUACCCAAUUUGCAUUCAUUUUUAAUAUUUUCUUCCAUACAAUCAUCACUUCAUACUUAUUUUUACUAAAUUUACUAUUUAAACAGAUUAUUUAAAAAAAUGAGCAACUGGAAUAAUCAUAAAAUUAAAUUUCACUAAAUCAUUACAUCUUGUAUUGCAUUUUCUAAAAGCUAUCAUUUAAACUAUUAACGUGGUAAAUUAUUGUUAAGAAUAAAAAAUAUUAAUUGUUAAUACUGAUAAUUGGGCCAAUAAGUGCUAUCUAAAUUUGAUAAAAAUAUAAAUAAAAAAAAAAAACACAGCAAUGCCGGGGGCGGGAGGUCAACAGCCUCAAAGGACAACAUUCAGACCACCCUGGGUCAAGGAUGGUCCUAAUCCAUUACCGAUGCCGACAGCACCAUGGACACUGAAUUCUCGAAGAGAUUCCAAGACAAGUAGUGAUGAUCAUGCUCCAGCAUUUACAAAAAUUACAUUAAAGAGUGUACCAAAAUCAACAGAGGCCGUGACAAAUGUACAGACACCAGAACUCCAAGCUAAAAAGCCAAGUAAAAUAUCUAGUGGGCAAGCAGCUGAACCACAAGUGAAAAAGCAAAGCAAAAUAACAAUAGUACCAACACAAGUAAAGAGUGAAAAGAAUGCACCAACGAAACCUGCAUCAGUCGUUAAACAGAGUGAUAAUGAGAGAAGUAAAUCAUCAGCAGCAUCACCGAAAGUUGGGGAGAAUGGACGAGUGGAGACAACAACAACAUCGUCUGCCAAUAAAGCACAAAAUGAGCGUCAGAUUCGCAUCGAUAGAUCUCGAUCACGCACUGAUAACAAAGUUCCUCUAUCAAAAAGUGACAGUUCUACAGGUGCUCCAACAUUAUCAAAAAGUUCAUCCAGGGCGGCUAUUCCACCGCCACCACCACCAAGGCCACCACCACCACCACCAGCACGUAAUAUCCUCAAGGAUCUUCCAGAAUUAUCAGAGGAGCAAAAAAAUAAAGUCGAGAUGCUGAAAUUGAGGCCGCGAAAACGUCCUGAUUGGGCUAGUAUGAUGAAAGAAGUGGAGAGUGGUAGAAAACUUAAGCACGUGAAAUGUAACGACAGAAGUGCACCAAUUAUUGAACGAGUUAGCAAAGUUACAGCUGAUCCAGCCGGAGAUGCACACUUUGUAUUUGAAUCAGAAACAUCAAAUAUGCAUAAUAAGUUGUUAAAACAAAUUCAAGAUGGAGUGAAAUUGAAAAGAGUCAAAACAAAUGAUCGUUCAAAACCAAUGUUACAAGGUUUGAGAAAAUUCAGAAGACAAUUGACUAUUGAAGAACAAAUGCAAAAAGCUGAUGCAGCUCCUGUUGAUGAUGUUGUAUCUGAUGAAAUGGAUGAUAUUGAUGCUGUAAGAGAUGAUUUGCAAAGCACGAAACAGAUGCUUGCAUUGGAGCUCAGAAAUAAAGAAGCAUUAGAAAGAGAUAACAAAAGGCUACAGGAAAGAAUUUUAAAUUUAGAAGCUGAAAAUGAACGAUUAAAACUUCAGCAGAAUGUGCAAGAAUAUAAAAAGCAAGAUGAAAAAAUUGUUGAAGCAUUAAGGAAAGAAGUUGAUUUUGCUAGGAAAGAUGUUGAAAAAAUAGAAAAAGAAUAUGCAUCAGUUGCUGAAGAAAGAGAUAAGGCUAAACUUGAAUUAGAAGAGAUGAAAAGGAUGUAUGCAGCAUUAGAAAGACGAAUGAAAGCCGGAAUGGCAUUAGCUGGAUGCCCAAGUGCCAAAGAUGUUGCUAAAAUAGCAUCACAAAAAAGUAUUGAUAAAGGUGAAAUAAGUCCAAGUGAAUCAGAAGAAGAAGAGGAAGAAAGCAAUGAUGAAGAUGAUAAAGAUGAAGAUCCAGAAACAAUUGCUGAAAGACGAUUGCAAAGAGAAAUUAAAUUAUUGUCAACUAAAAUUAAAAAUUUUAGAGAUAAGGCAAUUAAUGCUAAGAAGGAAAGAUAUGCGUUGAAGGAACAGAUAAAGCAACAACAAAAAAUGUUGAAAGAAGAAAGGAAAAAGUUUAAAGCACUCCAAAAAGAAGUUGACAAAAUGGCCAAAUUGAUGAAUGACACUGAUGAUGAAGAUGAAGAAGAGGAGGAGGAGGAGGAAGAGGAAGAAGAAGAGGAAGAAUCAGAGUCUGAAGAAGAAUCAGAAUCUGAGGAAUCUGAAGAUGAUGAAGAAGACGAUGAAGCCCUAGAUCCUGAAGAUCGUAAACAGAAACUUCAAGAAAAUGCCAAAAAACAUGAAAGCCGCUUAGCAUCAUUAAAGAAAGGAAAUUACUUACUCAAAGCUCAAGUUGAUCGGCUGAAAGAUGAUCUAAUAAAACAAAGAGAAGAUAGUAUAUCACUUCAAGAAGAUCUUGAUUCAGUACUGGCAGAGUUAGGUUAAAAUUUUAAUGUUUAAUGAUAGUUUCAAUAUGACAAGUGAAACCUAAGUUACUUUGUUUUAUAAUUUAUUUAACAUUAAUUACUGAGC